AUGGAGGUCAUUAACUCUUGUCUUGAAAACAACGGUGGUUGCCAGCACAUGUGCCAGCACGGGCCAGACAGAGCCAUUUGCACCUGUCACCCGGGAUACCAGCUACAACCUGAUGGGCGCUCCUGUCAGGAUGCGGACGAGUGUGAGGCUGGAAGCCAUCGGUGCCAACAAGAGUGUGUGAAUAGCGAAGGAGGCUACGCCUGCGCUUGCACACAAGGCUUCACAUUGAGCUCUGACACCUUCACUUGCCUGGAUGUGAAUGAAUGUUCAAUGGAGAACGGUGGAUGCGAGCACGAGUGCCAGAACACGCAAGGCUCCUUCACGUGUUCUUGCCGCAGAGGCUACGUUCUGGUCGACGAAGUCCACUGCGAUAUCUUGGGCGGUAACUACGACGUUGACUACUCUGGCUACAGCAUCCGAGGCGACCAGGACAUGGGUUCGACAGCCAUAGAGGACUACUCGACGGUGCUGGACGGCGAGACGACCAGAAACCGUGACGCGUGGAAUGACGUAACUUACGCAGAGAACAGCAAGAUCAUUACCCUCCAGACGCGUUGCGUCCCUGGACAUUUUGGACCUAACUGUUCCCUCACGUGUAACGACUGUCCCGGGGAAUGCGACAGCUCGGGGUGUGUGUGUCCCCCGGGCAGGACUGGACCCAUCUGCGAACUUGAGUGUCCCUCGGGUUUCUACGGACCCAUCUGUAACGAGGCGAGUCCUGCUUACCGAGUGUGUCGCUGUGAGAACGGCGGCACAUGUGAUCCCGUGACUGGCAACUGCACGUGUCCACCAAGCGUGUCCUUAGAAUUUUGUGAAGACGGCUGCCCUGCAGCUCCGCAGACCGGAGUCAAUAUUAUACUCGAGCACACAACCAUGAUGAUGAUCGUAACCUUUACUUCCCAGAGUGGGGUGUGCGAGUGUAAAGCAGGAUAUGUUGGCAUUGACUGCUCCAAAGAGUGCCCAGAAAGUGGGAAAGUGGGGCGCCGGGUGUCUGCAUGA